UCCGGGGCACUGCGGCACUGGCAGAGCCCGGGAAGGGGCUCAGGGCCCCUCGGCUUUGCAUGCUCAGGCUGUCCCCAUCUCUCUCCCACCCUCCCAGAAAGGAGGAGGGGGCUGGCAGCCGGCAGAGUGCAGUGGGAGAGGCGCAAGGCAGGCGUGCGGGAGUCAGAGCCCGGGUUCGGCCAGCCGGUGAGAGGGAAGAUGAGUACAGAGGACUCUAGCAAUGGGACCUCUCCCACCCCGCCUCUCCUUGGGCUUCUGGUUUCAACCACGGAGCUGGUCCCACCCAGCAUCCCAUCCCCUGAGAUGAGAGACCCACUGUCUGUCAUCGUCGCACUCAUCUGCAUCUUCCUCCUCCUGGCGACCUUCCUCAUCUUUGUCACCCUCUGCAAGCCAGCAGCACUGGACCAGUCCCUGUCUGGACCCCGGGAGUGGAUGCCCCACCACCCACUGGAUGCCAGUGAGCCCCAGCUGAGGCUCUGGAAGCGCCUGGGCUCCCUGCGGGGCUCCAUCAGCAGCUUCAGGAGGAGCAAGCCAAUGUCCCAGAGCCAGCUCUCCUGCCCCAGGAGCUCCCCUGCCAGACAGGACUGGGACAUCAUGGAGUCCACCAAAAUGUGAUCUCGCUCUGCUGUUCUUUCCCAAGCUUUUGGUUCAGGCUCAGUUCCCUCCUCAAGCAUCCCUUGGUAUCCUGGGCACCCUGUCAGAGCCCCUUUGAGCAACUCAUUUCCAGGCAGUGGCUCUGUGAGGCAACAGGAGAUUUUGCAAUUUCAGGUUUCCAAAUGCUUUCCAGGUUACUGUUUCCUGUCAGGAAAGGUGGAGGCAUCCAAACUACACCCACAUGCAUCUAUAACCGGGCAGCCAAAAAAGAAAUCCUGCUGCUUCAUUUCUUUUGGAAAACAUUGUGCAAAUUGUGCUGCACCUGAACAAACAGCUUGGAAGAGAGCGGAGCAACCUGGCUGCCUAAAGAGGGGCAUCCCAGGGCAAACCUGCUCCACAAAAAAGCAAUCCUCAGCUGAGAUCUCCCCACUGAGCUGUGCUCCUGAGCAGGUGGAGGGAGGCUCGUGUCCCCAGUGUGCUGCCUGGUCCCUGCCUCCCCCCUUCCCAUGCACCUCACUGGGCUGCCUGGGACAUUCCUGCUCUCUGGCCCUGCACUGCCUGGCUUUGGGAGAAAGGGAUGGGGAAACAUUCAGAAACUGUCCUGUUGCCGUAGGGAUGCGGGGAUGUAUUUGAAGGGAGAGACCUUCUGUAACAAAUGGUUCACACUGAAGGUGUAAAU